AUGCUAAAAAUUUUUCGCUUCGCCGUCGGUCUAUUUUUCAGCGAGUAUUUGCAGAGAAAUUUUUGCUAUGCUUCCGGGGCAUAUCUCCGUAUAGGACAGCCCGAAAAAACCUUAAAUGACUUCGUCUGCCGCGACCAGUACUUCACAGGAGGCACAGUAAAGGCGUCAAUUGAACAUGCUUGCAAAUUCAUGCACACAACGAACCGUCAAGCAAUAUUUCCUGCGCUUUUGGAGGAGUACGUGGCACUUGGUCGUGAUUCUGGAGCUCUCUUGACCUGGCCGCUUAUUCACGAAAAUAAAGUAUAUAUAUCUGGAACCAAGGGAAGAUUCCGUGCCGUCUUUAAUCUUGAAUGCGAUCUUGUUGGUGUAAUAAUACGCCACGAAAGCCAUUUUCAACCAUGUUUCGAGCUGUUGCACGAUGACAAUGAGAGAAUCGACGAAGAAAUUGGAUUAGACUCUCAAGAAUAUGAGGGGUUCAAAUGUCCAUUAGCGACAUUUAGCUUUUCAUAUGUUUAUGAUUCCAUGAAUAAGGCACUUUUAUCACCUGAUAGAUAUUUUCCAAAGCCAUAUGUGAUAGGUACUUCUUUAAAGCAAGGAGGUGAUAUACCCCUUAUAUGGCCAUUAUUUGGAGAUCAUAUUUUGUCGCCACAUGGGAAAAACUCUGAUAAUCGUCAAAGAUACUAUGUGGUGUUUACGAGAAAAGAAGGAAUGCGGAAAGUCAUACAUGUAUACAGGGGUGUUGAGACAAAGUGUGAGCGUAUAAGGAAGACUAUUGUACCUUACAACUCUCGCCUGAAUAUCCCGGAAUCACCUGAAAGCAUGAUAGGACUAGAUGAUUUGGGUCGUGAUUGUAGUGGCCAGAUAUUUACAGGUCGCUAUAUUGAGAUGAAUCGAAAAAAGGCGAUGAUUGCUAUCGCAGAUAAAAUUUCCGGAAAAAAUAUGAGGAUAAAUAUUCCACGUGCGACAAAACGCAAGGGCGUUCCGCUCAAAAGUUGGAUAUGGCCUAUUCGUGGUUGGGAGACUAGUCGCAAAGAUCCCACAAGGAUUAGGUCCUACGCCCUAGUAUUUGAGCCGAACCUUCAAUUUCUCGAUGUUUACACUUUGGGGAUGUCAGGCUUAACAAAAUGCAACAAGAUUUAUGAUCCAAAGCGUACAGCUAAGAAAAUAAAGGAGACGGGAAUCGACCUGAAUAUUCCAGCAUCUUGUAUAGAUAACGAGGGACUCGGAAGAGAUUGUUGA